CUUUGGGUGCCGAUCGCCUCUCUUUUCCUCAUAAGCGCUUCUGCUGCCAGCAUUCGUCUAGUCUGUCCGGCCAUCUGUCCAUCUCUCCAUCUGCACACCACUCCGUCAGUCCAUCCGCCGCCAUGAAGUCCAUCACUGCUCUCUCGCUCCUGGCCCUCGCCGGCUCUGCGCUCGCCCAGACCGACGGCACCUUCACCUGCAGCGUCAUUCAGAGCUGCGGUAGCAACGCCCAGUGCCUGGCGACCUGCACGCAGUACACUCUGCUCGGCACCGUCGUCGACCUGGUCGGCAACUCGUCGGGCCCCGGCGCCAACUACUCGGCCGACAUCUCCGUUGCCUGCGACUAUAAGGGUCAGCCCUCGCUCGCCGGCAAGACCAUCACCGUCAGCGGCUUCAGCAACCCCCCUCUGCAGCACACCGACUCGUGCAAUGCCACCAUUGCCCCCGGCACCACCGAUCUCUUCUUUGUCUACGUGAGCAGCCCUGCCGGUGCUGCCAUCACCUACAGCAUCUCGACCGUCUGCUAUGGCGGCAUCCCGGCCACCCCCGCCAACCUGCUCGCCGUCUCGGUUGCCCUCGGCGACACUGGCCGCGCUGGCUUGACCGGAAACUGCACCCUGCCCACUCCGACGCCGUCGCCCUCGCCUGUCGCCGCCAGCAGCACUACCAGCUCGUCCCCGAGCUCCAAGCCCUCGUCCUCCGCUGCCACCCUGGCCGUCCCCUUGGUCUCGCUUGCCUUUGGUGCUGCUGUUGCCGUCCUUGGUCUAACGCUCUAAACUAAAGCGACAUCGACAUCGACAUUGGUCAAACUCGGCCCCAUUCCCAGUCCAUCGCAUUUCUUUACCGAUCCGAUCCUGUCCGAUCCAAUCCGAUCCAAUCCGAUCUAAUCCCAUCUGGUCCGCUUCGAUCCCCCCCCCGUCCAUGUCUCCUCCAGCCUUUGCGCCAACUUGUCCUCGCCUGGGGCUGUCGUCAACCUCCGCCCUGGCUUGACUGGCUCGGCCCGGCUUGGGUCCGCUUCGAUCAGUUUGCCUCCUCCCCCAAUCGACCUCGCGACCCUGUUCUCUCGCUCUUGUCUCUGCCCUUUCUUUUUUUUUUCUUCUCUCGCUCUCUUUCUUUUACCCUCUCCUUGAACUGAGGCAGCGCUCGCCAAUCUCGAGAACCCCGAGACGCUGCCCAGCCUCUGCUUGCUUCUAGAUCUUAAAUACACAUUCACUCAUCAGCCACGAA